AACAACCAGUAAUAUGGCGCUGAAAAUAAUAAUCUAAAUUAUUUUCACACGGAAUUUUUCAAUUUUUUUUCAAGUAAAAGCAGGAUAGCAAACUUUUAGAAAUGUCGAGAGCUCAAGCUGAGAGUGUUAUUAAGAAUAUCAUCAAGGAGAUCGCUCAGGAGUGUGCUUCUAAGGGUCAAACUGUUUCAGAAACUUUGGUCGCUUUUAUGGUGAAAGCAGUAGUUCUGGACCCAAACAAUGAAUUUAAUGUCGAUAGAACUCUAACGAAAGAUGAUGUUCAAAAGCUUAUUAGAAUAUGCGUUGACCAUCUUCUCGAUCCUCGUUCACCUAGCCUGGAAACAGUUAAAAUGCAAGUAUAUUUCGAUAUGAAUUAUACGAGCCGUUCAGAAUUCUUAGCUGAGCACAGACGAGUAUUAGAAUCUCGUAUGGUACCUGUUACGCGAGAGAUUACAGACUCAAGGGCUAGAACUAGAGAAGAAUUGGAGAGUUUAUAUAGAAAAAUAGUAUCUGCAGUUUUACUUCGGAGCGGUCUAGGUUCUCCUGUUGAUAUAGGCGUUGUUAGAGAAGCAACAGCAGCACUUCAAAGCGUAUUCCCUCAAACAGAGCUAGGAACGUUUAUGUCCCUUACGAAAAAAGAUAAAGAAAAGCAACUUUAUGAAUUAACCAUGAUAGUUACUGGCAUAAGACUAUUUAAUAAGGAAUGCGGAAAGGGAGGGGAAGGAAUUGAUGAUCUUCCUUCUAUUCUAAAUGAAGCAAUUCCAGCUACUACUCAAAAUGUUGAUGUUGAAAUGGAGCAGACUUUGAACAAAGCCUAUAAAUAUGAAGCUAUAAUUCACUUUGUUCAAACUGAAAUAGCAGAAAAAGGUACAUGUCCCAUUGAUCCUAGUUCUUUAAAAUUAUUUAAAGAAGCAUUGAUAAAUUCCCGUCAACACGAGGCUUUCCUCAGAGUUAUUCUGCAUGAUAUUAUUUCAUGUGCAAAGCAAGUGGAAUCAUUAGAAGGACAGUUGGCUGCAAGAUUAGAAUCAUUACAGACAACAGUCCAAUCAAAGACCGCUGUUCCAACAGCACAUGUUUAUCCUCAAUUUAUUCAUCUGUCUCAAAUAUGGACCGCCUUUCAGGAUGAAAUGGUUCAUCUAUCUGUUUUGAGUAAUAUUCUUGUGUCUCUAGAGCCUUUCGUUCGCACUCAAAGGGAAAUAUUCUCGGACGAGGUUAUACAACCACUCUUGGAAAAUUUAGAAGUUAAAAGUGACGAAGAUAGACUAAAAGAUAUAAAGAAAACUUUGGCACCAAGGGAAUUUAAAGAAUAUUCCAACAUUGAAGUACUUUUACCUGAUACGACAAAUAAUUAUAGUCGUUUACCUAUUCAGUAUAAGGGAUUUUGCCCAGUAACUUUAUCAGAUUUCGAUGGUUAUGUUCAGCCCGGUAUACCAGAAAUGGGUCUUUUAAAGUAUAAGGAUCGCUAUUAUUGUUUCUGUUCUCACAAGAAUGCUGCAAAAUUUGCGGAAAAUCCAGAACAAUACAUUCUAGAAUGUGCACAAGCGGCAAAGAGAAGCCCUGAACUUAUUCAGCUCCUUGAGUUGCACAAUCAAUUUGCUGCAAUAGCGCCGUAUGCCCAAGGAAGAGAGAAAACAAUGAUAGAGAAGCCAAUAAUGAAAACAGAUAAUGGAUGUCAGACAGACACGCAUCUCAUGGAAUCAAAUAUCGUGAAGGAUUAUGAAUGGAACGAAUGGGAAUUGAGAAGGAAGGCUUUGAAGUUGGCCAAUCUUAGGAAUAAAGCAACUCAUGCCCAACAGACUAAUUUAAGUAAUUACAAGAGAGAAAAUGCCACCCAAGUUUAUCCUCUCAAAGAAAAUGAAACGCAGACUCUGAAAGACGGAAAAAGUCAAGUGCCUAAACAACAGAUUUUCCUUCACGGCUUAAGAGGUUGUGGUUUUUCGGAACCAUCGAGAAAAACAGUUAUGACCAAAAUCGAUCUAACAACUGACAUUGAUCAAAAUUAA